ACUCGAAAGCGGGACGGUGUUGGCAGAUAGCCUGCUCUGACACCUUUUCCUCGUCCCUUUCGUGAACGUGAAGUAGUUUGGACAUGUCGACGCCAGCUGGAGAGAGGUUCAAGAAUAUCGUCCGCGAUGCAAUGAAGCAGUGGAAGAGCGAGAAGGAGUCGGAGGCUCAUCGGAUCUUCCGAUCCUCCGCGGGACACCAAGCCAGGAGCAUCCUCCCCCAGACCGUGAACCCGGAUGAAGAAACCGUUCCAGGCAUCGUUCACCCUGGCAGCACGGGCGUCAUCUACUGCUCCGACCGUGCCAUGGCGAACGGCUUCAGUUACGCCGCGCAGCACGAGUGGGCGAAUUUGGGGCAGGGCGCGCCCGAGGUCGGCCCCAUCCCCGGCGCGCGCGACCGUCCGACCGAGAUCAGCGUGCCGCUGGACUCCCUCGAGUACGCGCCCACCACUGGUGUCAAGGAUCUGCGCACGGCGGUGGCGAACCUGUACAACGAGACGUACAGGAAGGGCAAGGCGAGCCAGUACACGCACGAGAAUGUGUGCAUCGUCCCCGGUGGGCGUGCGGGCCUGUCGCGCGUGGCGAGCGUGGUCGGCGACGUGUACUGCUCUUACCAAGUCCCGGACUACACGGCGUAUGAUCAGGUCCUGGCGGCCUUCCGUCGUUUGGUGCCGAUUCCUACAAUCUUGGAUCCGAACAACAAAUACGAGUUCGACACUCUCCACACUAGGAAAGACGUCGAGCACCAGGGCGUUGCCGUCGUGCUCCUAUCCAAUCCGCGCAACCCUACUGGUCAGGUCAUCAAGGGCGACAAGCUGAAAGAGCUCGUAAGCCUCAGCCGUGAGGGAAGCACGCUCAUCCUUGAUGAGUUCUACUCCUGGUACAUCUACCCUGAAGAGGGUGAAGAAUUUGGCCAGUCAGUUUCGUCUGCAGAGUACAUCGAAGACGUCAACGAGGACUCCGUGAUCAUCAUCGACGGCCUGACGAAGAACUGGCGCCUCCCGGGCUGGCGUGUCUGCUGGGUUGUGGGCCCCAAGAACCUCAUUACUGCCCUAUCGCAGUCCGGUUCCUUCCUUGACGGUGGCGCGAACCACCCCCUCCAACUCGCCGCCAUCCCCAUGCUUGAGCCCAGCCGCGUCCGCGAAGAAAAGAUCGCCCUCCAAAAGCACUUCAAAGCCAAGCGCGACCACGUCCUCGCCCGGCUCACCGACCUCGGGCUCACCGUCCGCGUCCCUCCCACCUCCACCUUCUACAUCUGGCUCGACCUGACGAAUCUGCCGCCGCCCCUGAACAACGGGCUGACGUUCUUCGAGGAACUGCUGAAGGAGAAGACGAUUGUGAUCCCGGGGAUAUUCUUCGAUAUCAAUCCGGCGCAUAGGAGGAAUUUGUUCAAGAGUCCGUGUCAUGAGUUUGUGAGGAUUUCGUUUGGGCCGCCGAUUGAGGAUUUGGAUAUGGGGCUGGACGCGAUGGCGAGGGUGUUAGAGAAGGCGAAGAAGCAGGGCAUGAGCGGCUUUGGCGAGGGCUACAAGCAGAGCCCGGAGGCGCCAGUGGAUGACCACAUCUAAGGAGUUGCUUGACGAAUGAGAUACGAAUUUACGAGUUAUACCCACGAGCACAGUGAAGAAUAGAUAAAUGUAUGAUCUUGUGCUACCGACCAUGCGACCCCAUGAACCUCCGAGAAAGCAAAAGAGACGCUUGCGGAUGGCCUGGGUGAUGCAGCAGCCCAAGCCGAACGGAAAACAUACGAAGAGACGACG